AUGCUUAACCAGUGUUUUCUAUUUUUGGUGAAUGCGAAAAUGAGCACGCAAAGGCAGGUGAUCGUACGGGACUUAGUGGAGGAAGCCAAGAAGAGGAUUGUUAUUUUGGUUAUUUGUGUUGUUGGAUUAUCUUAUCUCAUGUCUUGUAAGUUCUUCUUGCUCUCUUUCUCGCUGUUUGUGUAUUUUCGUUUCUUAAUUUUAACGAGCUCCUCAGUUUGGGCCAACUUGCCUGCUGCUGCUUCCUUGAUCAUUCUCCUUCGCUACUUUGCUCUGGAUUAUGAAAUGCGUAAGAAAGCUGCUGCAUAUAACAACAAACCUGCCUCUGCGGCAUCAAAUCUGUGGUACUCUCGCUUAACCCCUGAUAAAGAAGGUCCAGAGGAACUGGUGCAGCUAAUGAAUGGUGUUCUUGGGGAAUUUUCAAGUCGCAUGAAAAACGUAAAUCUUAUUGAUCUACUGACUAGGGAUCUUAUUAAUCUCAUCUGCACCCACUUGGAGCUUUUUCGUGCCAUUCAAGCAAAGAUUGAAAAGCAACAGCCUGGUUUGCUUUCCAUUGAACAGCGAGACAAGGAACUAAGACUUGUCCUGGCUGCUGAGAACAAAUUGCACCCCGCUUUGUUUUCUGCUGAAGCUGAGCACAAGGUUUUGCAGCAUCUGAUGGAUGGUCUCAUUUCUUUCACAUUUAAAUCAGCAGAUCUGCAGUGCUCUUUCUUCCGUUAUGUAGUUAGGGAACUUCUUGCUUGUGCUGUAAUGCGACCAGUGUUAAACUUAGCUAGCCCAAGGUUCAUAAAUGAAAGGAUUGAAAAAGUUGUCAUUUCUAAGGCUAAUAAAAGAGUAGCUGCAGCGCAAGAGACAUCUCAUUUCAAACCAAAUGGGUCUUUAAGGAUCUCAUCUGAUCAUUUUUCUAGGUUUUUAGAUCCUAAAGGUACUGGGGUUGAACUUGUGCAGUUGAAAGCAGAUCAAUCCAAAAAGGGACCAGAUGCACCUGAAAAAGAUAACAUGAAUGGAAGCCAUGUCUCAAAAGAUCCAUUGCUUUCCAUUGAUACCCAAUCCUCCCGCGCAUGGAGUUCGCUGCCCAUGAACUCCCAGAUUAAUAACGAAGCAGGAAUUCAACGUCAUCUUUCAGGAGGAGAAUGGGGUGAGAUGUUGGAUAUGAUGUCUCGAAGAAAGACUGCAGCCCUUGCUCCAGAAAAUUUUGAAAACAUGUGGACAAAAGGGAGAAACUAUAGAAAGAAAGAAAGUGAAAAUCAGUCGGUCAAGCAAGCCCCACAGAAUUCUUCAACGAGUAAGUCUGUUACAUCAGAUCACUCAAAAAGGACGGCUAAUUCCAAGAAGGAUGGUAUAACCAAACUAGAUGCCCCUCUAGCUCAGAACACUCAGUCUGUGGGUACUGAGCAGUCUACAGUAGAAAACACUCUGCAUCAUACAGAUCAGAACAUGUCAAAUCAUUCACUAUUUAGUUCACACCAAGAUGGCAUACAGAGCCUCAUGUGUGUGGAUGAGACUGAAUCAGAUAGCACUAGCUCUUAUACUUGUGAAGAGGAAGAUGCAAACAGUGUAACUGGUCUUGAUUCUCCAGUAACUAAAGUUUGGGAUGGUAAAACUAACAGAAACCUGGCUGUUUCCCACAUUCAUCAUCCGCUUGAAAAUCCUGAUGGCCAUAGAGCAAAGAAGACUGGUAGAGGGCAUGCUCACUAUCAGAGAUUAUCUAGACCUCAGUCUGACAGGAAAAGGUUGAGGCCAAGCACUCGAAAGGUACAUGUUUGGAAAGAGAUUGAGAGAACAAGCUUCUUUUCUGGAGAUGGGCAGGACAUACUUAGUUUAAAAGGGCAUUCUAAAGCUGAUGAUUUCAGUGAUGAUUCCGAGAUUGAAAGUUCGGAUAGAGUUUACAGUGGAGCAACUGCUUGUUCGUCUGCAACAUCUGUUUCUAUUCCUGAAAGCCACACUUUAAAUGUUAAUUCCUUGAAACAUUCAUUAAUGGUGGACUCAUUUUACAGGUUGAGAUGUGAGGUAUUGGGUGCAAAUAUUGUUAAGAGUGGCUCUAAAACAUUUGCUGUUUAUUCCAUAUCUGUUACAGAUGUAAAUAAUAACAGUUGGUCAAUCAAAAGAAGGUUUCGACAUUUUGAGGAGUUACAUAGACGUCUCAAAGAGUAUCCGGAAUAUAGCCUUCAUUUGCCACCGAAGCAUUUUCUCUCUACAGGUUUAGACAUGCCUGUCAUACAAGAGCGGUGUAAAUUACUGGACAGAUAUCUAAAGAAGCUCUUGCAACUUCCAAAAAUUUCAGGAUCAAUUGAAGUCUGGGAUUUUCUUAGUGUUGAUUCUCAGACGUAUUUGUUCUCAAAUUCAUUUUCUAUCAUCGAAACAUUAUCAGUUGACCUGGAUGAUAAGCCCUCUGAAAAGAGUAAAAAGGUUCCAAAUUUUAUUGGGCCUGCUAUUGAUUCCUUGUCCAAUAGGAAGGAACAAAUGAGUGCAGAGUGCAAGGAAUCCAUAUUGCAAACAAAGCAUACACUUGGGGCAGAUGGGGUACGAAUGAUUUCAAAAGACAUUCCUUGUUCUCCAGUGAGAAAGUCUGUUAAAGAAUCUGGAAAAUCAUUCAAGGAUCCAGGCAGUGAUUCAGAUAUGCAAAAGAAUGCAUCAUCUGUCAGAAAUUUGGAGAAGAAUGUAAAAGGAAGAGAAGGUGAUAGUUUAGAAGAGAUGUCCGCAUCCAUUCACGAUACUGCUAGUGACCCCAAGCUCCCUACAGAGUGGGUACCACCAAAUUUGACUCUCCCUCUACUUGAUUUGGUAGAUGUCAUUUUCCAGCUACAAGAUGGUGGAUGGAUCAGGAGGCAGGCUUUUUGGGUGGCCAAACAGAUACUUCAACUAGGAAUGGGUGAUGCUUUAGAUGAUUGGUUGAUAGAGAAAAUCCAGCUUCUGCGUAGGGGUUCAGUUGUUGCCUCGGGGAUCAAGCGGAUUGAGCAGAUACUUUGGCCUGAUGGAAUUUUCAUAACCAAACAUCCAAAGAGACGACCGCCAAAGCAGCAACCCACAGAAGUGUCUUCUCCUAAAUUGAAUUCCCCUCAUGGCCAGCAACCCAUGGAAGGGUCUUCACCUAGAUUGAGUGAUGAGCAGCAACAACAGGAUGCAGUUCGACGUGCUAAACUCGUAUAUGAGCUGAUGAUUGACAACGCACCGGCUGCUAUUGUAAGUCUUGUUGGUCGAAAGGAGUAUGAACAAUGUGCAAAAGAUCUCUAUUUCUUUCUUCAGUCAUCAGUUUGUAUGAAGCAACUGGCUUUUGACCUCCUUGAGCUGCUGCUUUUGACUGCAUUUCCAGAACUGGAUUAUGUCUUCAGGCAGUUGCAUGAAGAAAAGCAUAAAUUUGGUGAAUUUAAGCCCAAUUAG